AUGAGUAUAAAUAAGAUAUUAUACAAUUGUAGUAUAUUUAUUUUUAAAUUAAUACAAAUGCUAAAAAUGUUAUUAAAAUUAUAUAUAAAAUGUUUUAUUCAAAUUAAACAUAAAAACAAUGUAAAUAUAUUACAUCAUAGUGAAAACUUUUUAGUAGUUUCUAAGCCAUAUGACAUGUGUAUUAAUAGUAAUAAUCCAGAAAAAAAGGAUACCCUGCAAUUUGAAUUAAAGAAAAUUUUACCAAAGUUAGUCAACCCAAAUUUGUUUCAUGAAUUUCAUUUUGUACAUAGAUUAGAUUAUGUGACAAGUGGUGUGAUAUGUAUUGCAUUAAAUAAAAAAGCAGCUCGAGCUGCUUCUAAUGCAUUUGAAGCAAGAACAGUCAAAAAGUUUUAUUUGGCAUUACUUCAUGGGCACAUAAAUGAACCUUAUCUUGUUAUAGAUAAAGCAAUUGGAACUGAUGUAAGAGAAAAAAAAGGAAACCAUAAAAUGUGUAUCAGUGAUAGCAUGUUUUGUGAAAAACCAAAAAAAUCUUAUACAAUUCUUAUAGUAUUAGAAAGAGGUUUCAGAAAUGGAAAACCAGCUACUAAAGUAUUAUUAUGUCCUGAUACAGGUAGAAGACAUCAACUAAGAGUACAUUGUUCAUAUAUUGGUCAUACUGUAAUAGGAGAUUAUACAUAUAGUGAAAGAAAAGAUAUAGAACCUUAUAGAACAUUUUUGCAUUCCUUCAGGCUGAUACUGAAUAACAAUAUUGAAAAUUUAGAUGUGAGGAGUACAGAUCCAUUUGUAGCUUCUGACUCAAGAAAUCAAUGGUCACCUACAAAUGUUGCUAAAAUAUUAGAUGAAGAUACAUUUUUUGAUGUUUAUAAUCUCAUUGAAUAAAAUAGACAUUAUAC